UCUGGGACAACAUGCAAGAGAGUGCCAAAACCCUAAGAUGUUCUGGAAGCUCUCCCUGUCCUUGUGCCUGGUGGCCGUGCUGGUGAAGGCGGCCGAGGCCCGGAAGAACCGGCCGGCGGGCGCCAUCCCGUCGCCCUACAAGGACGGCAGCAGCAACCACUCGGAGCGAUGGCAGCACCAGAUCAAGGAGGUGCUGGCCUCCAGCCAGGAGGCCCUGGUGGUCACCGAGCGCAAGUACCUCAAGAGUGACUGGUGCAAGACGCAGCCGCUGCGGCAGACGGUGAGCGAGGACGGCUGCCGCAGCCGCACGGUCCUCAACCGCUUCUGCUACGGCCAGUGCAACUCCUUCUACAUCCCGCGCCACGUGCGCAAGGACGAGGAGUCCUUCCAGUCGUGCGCCUUCUGCAAGCCGCAGCGCGUCACCUCCGUCCUCGUGGAGCUCGAGUGCCCCGGCAUGGACCCUCCCUUCCGACUCAAGAAGAUCCAGAAGGUGAAGCAGUGCCGGUGCAUGUCCGUGAACCUGAGCGACUCGGACAAGCAGUGAAGCCCCCGCGGCUCCCCGCGAGCUCCCGGGGCCGCCGCCGCCGCCUUCGUCCGCGUCCUCGGA